AUGGCUGACACCCCAGCGGACACCCCAGCGGACACCCCAAUGGAUCUAUCCAAGACGGACAAGCACUGGAACUUUUCUUAUUACCAAGAAGCCGACGCUGCCGAGCGCAUUAUCGCGGUGCACAUCUGCGCCUACAGCGACAGAGCCGACAUCAACCUCGCGCGACUACGCCGAAACUCGGACCACGAUCCCGUAUUCGAUUCCGACGACGAACGUAAUGCCAUCCGCUUUCACAAUGAUAACUUUGAAAUCCCACGAGAUGUGCCCAACCACUGGGCAUUGAUCCUUGAACUACGGAACCGUGAGGGUCGCGGCGUCAAAGUGGAAAUGGCGCCAUCCUGGCAACCUGGGCGGCCAGCACGCGAGGGCACGGUGCUAGUCUCAUCACUGGCGGCCGGUUGGCGCACAAGAGAAAGCAUUGUCAAGUCUGUACGAUUUGUCGUCGUCUCACCAGCAGCAACCACGACAGUGCAGCAGGUGCUCGAGAACGUGAGCCACAACGCACGCCACCGAUACUUGUUCACAGAAGGCGGCGAGGGGUCGCGGUACUGGGUGCACACUGUGAUACGGGAUCUGGAGAUGGUAGAGAUGCUUCAUGAUGGUGUAGCCGACACAGCAGAAGAGGUAAUGAGCAUGAUCUGGAGCCGCGACGGCGACGCUGUGGCAACGCGGCUACGAAGGGGCAUGUUUACAGAGUGGACGAUUCGCGGAGAGAAGAAGAAGGGAUUCUGGUGA